AUGUGCAAGCAGCGUGUGGAGCCAGCAUUGCGUCAUGCGCAGACGCCAGUCCCCAUCUACCCGAUGCUGGGAACGUGGAAGCACGUGCCCCUGCAAUUGCUGGAGAUGCGAGGAGCGACACAUGAAACCUAUCGACAGGAGCCGGAUGCCGAGAACAUCGAGCUCUGCAAGACGUAUUUCAAACGCAUGUCGUCCGUGAGCCAGAUUCUGGAGAUGGGGCACCUCGGUCGCGUCGGCACUGGUUGGCAGAGAGUCCUUCGCAUCGCAGGGGAUCGCAAAGGAUCGGAGUCGGCGGGUCGUCGCGAAAAAUGCCGGCAGGUCUACCAGGGCCUGAGUCCCAUCUCAGAGAAGUUCACCAUUGCAGCGGCUUGCAAGGCCGGCAGCGUCGUGAAGCCGGAGCAGUUGAAGGACAUGCAGGCGCAUGCCCGCGAGCAAAUCAAGGCAGCCACCGGCAAAGACAUCCAGAAGCCGCUUAGCUUCGUAGUUGGGUCCGGCUUCGAGAAGGAUAAAAUUACAGGAGCCCUUGCUGCCGGCGUCGUGAAGAUGAGCGUGGAGAUCGACGCCCAGGGGGCAUGCUGGGAAGGCCUCCAGAAGUUCUACAAGGCCCAGGAAGGCAGCCCCCAGGCAGAGGACAAGCCGCUGAAGUACUACGGCCGAAUUUCACCCCCGCCCAAUUUGCCCGCGGAUGUCUUGGCUGAGCUCAAGGAGACUGCCACGAAGCUGUGCGCGCCAGGCAAGGGCUUCUUGGCCGCCGACGAGUCAGCCGGACCAUGGCUCCGUGCUGGUCAUGCAGAGGCGGCGAAGAUCCCGGAUGUGAUUGAGAACAGGGCCGCCUACCGAUCCAUGUGCUUCUCCACACCGGGGCUCAGCGAGCACAUCAGUGGCGUCAUCCUCCACUGGGAGACCCUCUUCCAGGACGAUGCCGACGGCAAGCCGAUGGUGGACAUCAUCACCGGCAACGGCAUGGUCCCCGGCAUCAAGGUGGACAAGGCUUACGACAAGAAGGGCAUGUGGGGCACGGAAGUUGGACCUUUGGGACACCCAGAAGUGUCGACCAAAGGUUUGGAUGACCUUCAAGAACGGUGUGCCCAGGCCUACAAGAAGGGGGCGCGCUUCGCCAAAUGGCGCAAUGUGCUCCAGCUCGACCCCAAGAAGGGCCUGCCCAGCAAGCUAGCCAUCAUGGACACCGUUCACACAUUGGCCCGCUAUGCGUCCAUUUGCCAGAGCGAGCGCCUGGUGCCCAUUGUAGAGCCCGAGAUCGUGCCCAACGGAGACCACGACAUCGAGUAUUGCCGCAAGAUGACGGAGAUCGUCUUGGCGGCCCAGUUCAAAGCUUUGGCCGACCACCGCGUCUACUUGGAAGGUGCCGUGUUGAAGCCGAACAUGGUCAAGAACGGUCUCAAAGGGCCAAAGGCAGAUGCUGAGACGAUUGCAAAGCUCACAGUGCAGACGCUCUUGCGCACGGUGCCAGUGGCCAUGCCGGGCAUUUUCUUCCUGUCCGGAGAGACGGCGCUGAACGAAGACAAUGAGGAGGAGGCCACCGUAAAUCUCAGCACCAUGCACAAGCUCUUCCCGAAACUGCCCUGGCAUCUGUCCUUCUCCUACGGCAAGGCAUUGCAGAAGACAUGCAUCGUCACUUGGUUGGGCAAGCCGGAGAACAAGGAGGCGGCGCAAAAAGCACUCAAGGCCCGUUCGAACGCGAAUAUGGAUGCCGUAUUCGGGAAGUAUGUGAAGGGAAGUUGCCCGAGCGUGGGUACGGAUGGUAACGUGUUGCAGGCAGCCGGGCCAUACUAA